UUUUCCUUCAAACAGUUUAAGUGAGAAAUACCGACGGAUUUCCUAAAUGAACCUGGGGAUUAUAUCAAGUUUGGUAUCUAACAAACUAGGAAAUAACACAUAAAUGUUUUGAUAUGUAGGUGCUGCAAGUGCAAUCUGACUUUGUCUUGACAUGUUAAGUACCAGAUGAGACUUCCUCUUCGAGCAUUUCACACCUUCAGGAGUUUAUUCUCUCAAAAACAAACAACAAAUCCACAGAGGCGAGGCCUGGGGGGUGCAGCGAUGCGUCUGGUGCAGUUUUGUCGCCAUGGUGACAGAGGUGGGAUCAGAGUGGGAGUGGAACUAGGCGAGGGGCUCGGUGUGGUGGAUCUGAAGGCGUUUGACCCCACCAUGCCCUCGACAGUGAGAGAACUGCUGGAGAUGGGAGACCAGGGUCUGGAGCGUGCACAGAGAGCCAUGACAUGUGGUCAAUCUGUGGUGGAGCAUUCAGACAUCUGGCUGCUGUCUCCUGUGUUGGCCCCGGAGAAGGUCGUGUGCGUGGGUAUAAACUACCGCGAUCACUGUUUGGAGCAGAACGUCCCGAUCCCCAAUGAACCGGUCAUCUUCAACAAGUUCCCCAGCGCCAUCACAGGGCCGUACGACGACAUUACUCUGCCCUCAGAGAGUCAAGAGGUGGACUGGGAGGUGGAGCUGGCCUUUGUGAUUGGACGAAGAGGAAAACAUAUCAAGGAGGAAGACGCCCUUUCCUACGUGGCCGGAUUCACUGUGGCCAAUGACUUCAGUGCGCGUGACUGGCAGAUGAAGCGCAAUGGGAAUCAGUGGCUGCUGGGAAAAACGUUUGACAGCUUCUGUCCUCUUGGCCCUGCCUUAGUAACUACCGAUGCUGUGCAAGAUCCUCACAACUUGGGCAUUCGUUGCUUGGUUAAUGGAGAGACAGUUCAGAGCAGCAACACUGAUCAGAUGAUCUUCAAGACGGCAACGCUGGUCGCCUGGGUCUCAAAGUUUGUGACUUUAACUCCAGGAGACGUGUUCUUGACUGGCACUCCUCCAGGUGUGGGUGUGUUCAGAACGCCACCCGUCUUCCUCAAGAAAGGCGAUGUGGUGGAGUGCCAGAUAGACCAGUUAGGCUCUAUAAUCAACAGAGUGGUAUAAACCUGGAGACAAACGGCUGAAAACACCAACAAUCCAUUAAGGAAUAUCAGCUCUUAAAUUAACUGCACUGCUCAUCUGUUGCUUCACACUUUCUAUUUCCAA